UGGAGUGGCAGAAACCAGAGCAGGUCACAUAAGUGUGCGUUCGCCUCAGUCGCACGUUGAGGGUGGUUGUCGGAGUAGAGGCUAAGGAUUCCGCCUCACCCGAUCUCCCCCAUCGCUCGUGUGGCUUGUGCGCUCGCCGCUCUCCUCCCUCCUCCAUCUCUCCAUCGCCUCGCUAACCAUGGUCGCCAAUUCGCUUUCCCUUUCCACGUGGCAACAAGCACGAUGGAUGCUGCCCCUGCGGCCGUCCACCCAAGCGGACAUUGCGGCAGCGAGGGCGGAAGCUUGCACGUGCACGGCGCGGCGAUCGCCCACCGGGAGACCAGCCAGUGCCACGCCGUCCCGCGUCGGCCUCGUGCAACCAGCCGCAUGGCGCGGCAUGAAUCUCUCCCUCCGCGCUCACCGCCGUGCCACGCGCGCCACACGAGGGUCUGCUGCGCGCCCCACCGCUGCGAGUGCAGCCGCGGAUGCUGCUGCGGCGAGCGGGCAAGCAGCGGGCGACGUGGCGCUGUCGAUCUCGACGUUCAACAUCCUGGCGCCCAUCUAUAAACGACUGGCGGGCGAGGCCGUGCGCGAGAGCGCGUUCCGCGAGGAGUGGGUGGCGCGCAACGAGCGCAUCCUGGCCGCCCUGCGCGCAGUCGACAGCACCGUGGUGUGCCUACAGGAGUUCUGGUUCAACGCGGACCUGGAGCGCAUGUACCACGACGCGCUGGAGGAGCACGGCUACCAGCUCUUCAAGCUGCCGCGCACCAACGCCAGGGGCGACGGUCUGGUGACGGCGGUGCGCGGCGGGCAGGGCGUGAGCGUGGCGGACUACGAGCCCAUCCUGUUCAACGACUGCGGCGACCGCGUGGCGCAGCUGCUGCGGCUGCGCGUGCGCGGCGGCGAGAUGCUGCUGGUGAACACGCACCUGCUCUUCCCGCACAACGCCAACUCCAGCCUCAUCCGCCUGCGCGAGGUGUACAAGGUGCUGGAGUACCUGGAGCAGUACCGCCAGCGCCAUGGCCUGCCCGCCCUGCCCAUUGUGCUCUGCGGCGACCUGAACGGCACCAAGACGGGGCGAGUGUACCGGUUUCUGCGGUCGCAGGGCUUUGUGUCGUGCUACGACACGGCCAAGCAACAUGCAGACAACGAUGCGUGUUGGGUGUCGCACCGCAACCACCACGGAGCGCUGGUGGGCGUGGACUACAUCUGGCUGCUCAACCCCAGUGCGCAGGAUGAGCCACUCACGGCGGACUGGAAGGCCGCCAUCUUCCAGAUGAUCAAGGCAAAGCUGGGCGAGGCGGGCAUGGAGGAGGAGCGGCAGGCGUUUGACUUCUUCCGCAGCGACAGUGAGGCGGGCGCACAGGGGCAGGGCGAGGUGCCAGAGCACGUGACGGCGGAGCAGUUCAAGUACGCCAUGGACCAGCUGGGGCUGACGGGCGAGGGCACGGUGGGGCUGACGCGCGUGGAGAUAGAGGAGCUGGUGCAGUGCGUGGACACGGACGGCAAUGGGGUCAUUGACUACGACGAGUUCAAGUCGCUGCUGCUGGCGCCGUCCAUGGAGGAAACGUAUGCGCGCAUCAAGGAGGCCACCGGCAUCGUCGAGUUGCCAUGGCCAUCCAACCCCGCUGCCUCCGCCACCUCGCCAGCGCCAACGCCCUUCACGGUGCAGCCCGACACGUCGUCGGCGCCCGACCUGCUGGUAUGCGAGGCCCAGCUGGUGCCCGACCCCAUGGCGCGCGGCGUGUGGCCCGAUGACUACUCCAUCUCUGACCACGCCAUCCUCACCGCCGCCUUCACCGCUGCUGGCACCCACGCCUAGCAGUCACGCGGUGUGACGCCAUGCAAUGUAACUGCUCACUAUGAGUUCAUACGGUACCAACCCUUUUUAUGAACAGAAGAAACAUUUCAGCCACCCAUGCUUUCCCCCCCUUUCCCAUAGCAUGGUCCUCUCACAAGGCUGGCCACCAAUUUUGAUUUAGAGUGAGGAGGUGUUGGGCUGAGUAAAAGCCCUUAGGAUCUUUCCUGAGACUAAGUCCCGGUUGAGGAAUGAGACUUGAGUAGUGCAGCGGAAGUUGAGUAGUUGAACCCUUGUACUAGUAUAUGAGAAAAAGUGAUUGAUUAAA